AUGGAGGAACAGUGGCACGAGAUGAUUGAGCACAUGCGUGUGCUUACACAGACCAUGGCGCAAGCGGCACAACUUAACCACGCUGUGCAUGAGUCUCAGCAGGGACCACAAGGACCAACGCGAUCUACCGGUCGACCACGCGGGCCACCACCACCGACCUUCUCGGGUGCAACGGGCGAACGAGCUGACGACUUCCUGUUCUGCUUGGAAACCUUCGUCAGGUACCAUCGCAUCGACGACGACGACCAGCGCCUGCUACUUGCCAUCUCCUGCCUGCAAGGGCACGCCCUCACCUGGUACCGCAGCCUCGAUCCAGCUCCGACGAACAUGCAUGAGCUUCAGGAGCAACUCCGCGCGAGUUUCAAGACCAUCGAUGAGCAACGCCAACUGCGGGACCAACUUCGUCGACUGCGCCAAGACGGCAACGUGCAGGACUACGUCUUCAAGUUCCGACAGCUGAUGGUGCAGAUCGACGACAUGUCACGCCUGGACCGCAUUGAAGCUUUCAUCCACGGACUGCGGCCGCGCACCCGCCAGGAAGUCUCCUUCCACGGACCCGACACUCUGGAGCAGGCCUACCAACUGGCCUCACGCUACGAUCGCAACUACACCACGGCCAACUCGGCCUACCGCCGUGGAGCGCCCCCGACGCAGCCACCUAAGUUCGACGACCGCGCCAUGGACAUCGACGCCAUCCGUGCCCAGCGCCCCCUCCGCCGACUGACUGACCAAGAGCGCGACGAGCUUCGGCGCCGUGGCGCCUGCUUCCGUUGCCGACGCGAAGGCCACCUCGCCGCCGACUGUCCGCUGAACGCCAGCGACCUAGGGCCCGCCAGCCCUACUGGCGAGACGGAGGCGGUGUUGCUGCAAGCCACGGAUGCAGUGACAUCACAGGCACGCCUCCUUACCUUCCGUGGAACCAUCGACGGCCGGCCGGCUAGGACCCUCAUCGACCCCGGAAGCAGAAUGAACGUCCUGUCCCGAGACUACGCCCUUCGCCAUGGAAUCGCCGUCCAACCACGCCAGUACCCAGUGGAGUUUGUCUUCGCCAAUGGAACCAGGCAUGUCAGCAAGGACGACACGCAGGAAGUGACCUUGCGCAUUGGGACUCACCAGGAGCGACUGCUUCGACGCCUUUCUCGGCAUGCCCUGGCUGCAGACUUGGAACCCUGA